GACUGACGGACAUGUCGAGGCUGCUGCUGCUGGUUCUGCUGAGUUGGACAUGGACGGGCUCAGCUGUGGUCAGGAUCCCUCUGAGGCGGGCGCCUUCCAUUCGCUCCCAGCUGCGAGCGGACGGCCUGUUGGAGGAGUUCCUCAGGGAUCACCGGCCUGACAUGUUCAGCCGCCGCUACGCUCACUGCUUCCCGUCCGGCACGCCGUCGCUGCGUCUCGGACGCUCCAGUGAGAGGAUCUACAACUUCAUGGAUGCUCAGUAUUACGCUGACAUCAGGCUCGGGACGCCGGAGCAGAACUUCUCUGUGAUCUUUGACGGCUCAGCUGAUCUCUGGGUCCCAUCGUCCUACUGUGUCAGCCAAGCCUGUGCGUCGCACAGGGGUUUCAUGGCUUUUGACUCAUCAACAUUUCAUCACGACGGUCGGAUGUUCGGGAUUCACUACGGAUCCGGACACUUGCUGGGCGUCAUGGCCAGAGACACCCUGAAGGUCGGUGGUCUGACCAUCCUGAACCAGGAGUUUGGGGAAUCUGUCUACGAGCCUGGUUCCACAUUUGUGUUAGCGAAGUUUGAUGGCGUUCUGGGGAUGGGUUAUCCGGCCCUUGCAGAGAUCCUUGGAAACCCUGUUUUUGACAACAUGUUGGCGCAGAAGACGGUGGAUGAACCAGUCUUCUCUUUCUACCUCAGCAGAAGAACAAGUGGCGGCAACCCCGAAGGUGAACUGAUGCUCGGUGGUACCGAUGAGUCGAUGUACAUUGCACCAAUUCACUGGAUUCCAGUGACGGCUAAGGGAUACUGGCAGAUUAAACUGGACAGUGUGGCGGUGCAGGGUGUGAGUUCGUUUUGUCCUCGUGGUUGCCAAGCGAUUGUCGAUACAGGAACUUCCCUGAUUACUGGACCGAGCCAUGACAUCUUUAACCUCCAGCAACUGAUCGGAGCCACGCCCACAAACAUUGGAGAAUUUCUUAUCGACUGCGCCAGGUUGUCCAGUUUGCCUCAUGUGACGUUCGUCCUGGGGGGGAAAGAGUACACACUGACUGCUGAACAAUAUGUCAGGAAGGAGAUGCUUGGUGACAGGGAGAUGUGUUUCAGUGGAUUCCAGAGCGUGGACAUUCUUUCCCCUGAGGGCCCCCUGUGGAUUCUGGGAGAUGUAUUUCUGACAGAGUUCUACAGCGUCUUCGACCGAGGACAGGACCGGGUCGGCCUCGCACCUGCGAAGCACCGGAGCAAAUAAUAACCAUCAGUCUCUAACAGCUGGAUGAGCAAUAAAUAUAUCGAUAAG